CACGGCCGUCUGAUUCCUGCCUAGUCGCGACAUCAGCACCAGGAUUCAGCUGAUUUGGGGUCUCAGCAGGAGAAGUGUCGGCACUGAUGGCGAUGGCAGAAGGAAGAAAUGGGAAUGAAUAAACAUGAAGUGAGGAUGAAGCCGAGCGGAGGUCUGAUGAAGACAUGAAUACAUAUCGAUGGAGUCCUCUUUCAACGCCGUAGAGCUCCGGGAGCUGCGGGGGAGCGGAGGCCGGCGAGGCCCGACCCCAGCCUCGGCACCCUGGACGGCAGCCGUGGCUGGCCGUGCCGGUCGGGGCUUUGAGAACGCCUCCUACGAGCAGGACGAGGAGCAGGACCGCCGCCAGCAGGAGCAACAGCCCACCACCAGUUAUCAGCCUCAGAUGUCAGGAAACAGGAAGCAGCAUCAUCAGGAGAUAUCACCCCAGUCGUAUGAUGAGGAGGAAGGAGGUGCAGGAGCGGGCGGAGGUCAGGAGGACGGUCAGGACUUCACCGAAUACCGCCAUGUUGAUGACCACACGGCGGAUUACGGUUUCAUCUUGGCACUGGUCUUCCUCGUGAGUGGGAUCGUCCUUGUGGUCAUCGCCUACACCAUCCCACGGGAGCCCAAAGUUGACCCGGACUCGAUUUCGGCGCGGCAGAUGGAGAAGCUGGAGAUGUACUACGCCCAGCUGGGCUCCCACCUGGACAAGUGCAUCAUCGCAGGGCUGGGCCUGCUGACUCUGGGGGGGAUGUUCCUGUCAGUGCUGCUCAUGGUGUCCAUCUGCCGGGGCGAGAUGUACCGACGGAGGGCGGCAUUCGUUCGACCCAAGAGGACUUACGGCUCCAUCAACCUGAGGAUGAAGCAGUUGUCGACGGGAGAGGCGGGAGGAGGUGAGGGCGGGGAUGGAGGUGAGGAGUUUCUGGUGGAAUGUGCAGAGACGCGGAAUAACGUGCAUCCAGAGCCGAACCGGGACUCCAAAUCAGAACCAGGACCAAGCAAAAACCCUCCUCCUCCUCUUCCUGCUGCUGCUUCUUCAGCUGCUGUACCUGGAGUCAACUAGCUCCGCCCUCUGCCUUCCUCUGUGCGAGCUCCCAGGUGCAUUGUGGGGGUUCAGGUCACCCAUUUGUGCUGUGGCGAGCU